AUGGCUGACCCAUCGUUUCAUCCUUACGCUCGCCUUCCUUACGAGCUGCGACUCACGAUAAUUGAGGAGUUCGUUCGUGGUCUUCCCAGCACUCCUACAGGAAACUACCAACGGACUACACAAUACGGCCCGCCGAGACGCGUUGCUAGAAGCCGCGGCCAACUAACAAGAUACGCUAUGAUCAACAAACAAUGGCUAUCCGUCAUUGAGAAGCGCAUAUUCUCAUCGCUCCUACUUUGUCAAGAUGACCUUCAUCAGCUACAAAACAUUUGUGUCUCGCCUCGGAUCAACGCCAUUUCGGUCAUUCAUUUUUGGAUCUGUAUCGACAAAUCUGAGAGGUGGGACAUGGACUCAUCGACCGGCGCAAUGGAUAUCGCUGCCGCUACCGCCACUACCAAUCACCGAGGCCCAGGCCCCAGCCUUGGCGGCGACACCGGCUCUGAGGUGUCCCAAGCAGUCAGGGAUGCCGAGCAGCUAGCCACUGCAGCCUUCGAGCAUCUGUUCCGCAUCCUGCAUGGAUGGUGUCGACAUCGCCAAACCCUUACAUUCACCUAUGGCCUUUUCUGCCGGGGGCCCAGGGAGAGACGCCCACCUAUCGGUGCGCAUCUUCGAAUCGACUGCUCAAACUUACCCGAAGUUCCCUGCAUAGGCGCUAUUACAACACCCGUCAUUGAGGUCAUUUGGCCCCCUGCUUUAAACACUUAUGAACAUUUCGAGUGGGACAUCGAGCCGAAGUCAAUGUUUCGCUUACUCAAAAGACUGCCAAACGUCAAGUGUGCCGGCUUUUCUCUUGACGAUAAGCUCAAUUCGCCGGAGGUCAUCGAACAAUUUCAGGAAGGGCAAGCGUUGCUUGGAAACCGAGUAUCCGAGCUGAAGACAAUGUCUCUCGAGUCCACCGCAAUGUGGCAUAGACGAUUUGCCCCACAGCUCUACACACCACCAUCAGUUCAACUAAGUCAGUCAAUUUUUGCUCUGACCCUCAGACUCGAAGAAUUAUACCUCGAAUACGUAGUCGAUGUACCGUACUUUCUGAGUGACGCAUGGAAUUCCAGCGGAGGUACGUCCCGGAGUCUGACGACCUGGCCCAACUUGAAGAUCCUCUCUCUCAAGGGAUAUCUCAGCGAUAAACCUCCACGCAACGCCUUCCGGCCUUUCAACUCCAUCACAUCCGCCCUACAACGAAUGCCAAAGAUACACAGCUUUGAUCUCGAAAUGACCUACCCUUGCAAUCGCGAGAACGGGGGUUGCUUCUGGAUGAAUGCUCUCGUCCAUAUGGGGGUACCACCACGAGAUGAUCUGACAGCCGGGCGAAAUGGCCUGCUCCUCGUGAGUGGCGCCACGCUGGAUCCAAAUAUGUUCGCGCCAAACCUUUGGGAAAGGGGCUCAGUGGUAUUACAGGAACACUUCGUGUCCUUCUUCAUUGAACCCCAACAGCACGCAUUUAAGCGUGAAGUUUAUGCGAAACAAAACCCACAAGCGACUACAGCAGUCGAGGAUCCUCUCGAAAAGGCAGAGGCAAAGAAGGAGAGCGGACAGGCCGCGCAGGAAGGGUUGAAGGGCGAAGCAGCAUUGGACGAGGCCAUCGCCGACGCUGGCGGAGAUGACAUUGACCCCGAGGCGACCUCUGCUGCGGAUGAUUCGCUCGAGAAGGCGGAAGCGGCUAAAGAAAGUGGCUAG